AUGUAUGUAUUAUCACAGAUAAUUGCCAAUGAAGCAAUGAAGGAGUUACAUGCAUACUCGAAUGCAGCACAAAUCGUUCAAGAAGUAUUUAGUUCUCUUCGAACUGUACUUUCUCUCAAUGGGAGCAAAUUUGAGCAAAAUCGGUACGGAAACUUACCAAAAUCACUAACGUACGAACGAGAAUUGCAUCCAACCCUUUGGAGUAGUAAACGCCAAGGUUUCGUUUUUGGGAUUUACAAUGGAUGGCUAUCUUUGAAAACAAAACUAGCUUAUUUAAUUGGUUUUAUCUUUAGUUCAUACUUUAUUUUUCACCAAAAUAAUCAUAGUUCAAAUAUUAGUGAUAUUCUUGUUGUUAUCUGUAGCUUUGCACGAUGUUUAAGUUUCUAUAAUUCCAUUGGUGUUUUCUUUCAAUCAUUUUCACAAGCUCGAGGUGCAGCAACAGCUGUAUUUCAACUUAUUGAUGAGGAAACUGACGCAACUGUCAAUGAAGCAGAUGUGUGGAAAGAAGAUCGAGAAUCGAUUGAUGAUAUCAAUGGUGAUAUUGAAUUUGACAAUGUCAACUUUAUUUAUCCAUCUCGAAAAGAAACAUCAGCUCUACAUAAUCUCUCUCUUAUUGCUCGUGCUGGCCAGACAACUGCUCUUGUAGGAUCAAGUGGUUGCGGAAAAAGUACAAGUAUAGCAUUAUUCCUUCGUUAUUAUGAACCAUCAUCCGGUCAAAUCACGAUUAAUGGUCAACCAAUAACAGAUUCCAAUAUAAAAAAACUUCGACAAAACAUUGGAGUUGUUAGUCAAGAACCUAUUCUGUUCGGGAUGAAUAUUUAUGAAAAUAUUCGCUUUGGUAAAGUAAAUGCAACACAAGAAGAAAUUGAACAAGCAGCACGAGAUGCAAAUGCACAUAAUUUCAUCAUGCAAUUACCAAAUAAAUAUGAUACAUUUGUUGGCGAACGUGGUAUACAGUUGAGUGGUGGUGAAAAACAACGUAUUGCAUUAGCUCGUGCUCUUGUCAAGCAACCUAAUAUACUUUUAUUGGAUGAAGCAACAAGUGCACUCGAUAAUGUUAGCGAAAAAAUAGUUCAAGAAGCACUCGACCGAGCAUGCAAAGGUCGUACGACUAUUGUUAUUGCUCAUCGUUUGACUACAAUUCAGAAUGCUCAUCAAAUAUAUGUAUUAGAUAAUGGAACUGUAAUUGAAAAAGGUACACAUGAAACAUUGAUGGCAAGCGAAGGAGGACACUAUCGAGUAAUGGUCAAACAUCAACAAAUGGCAACUAUCGAUGAUGAUAAAGAUGAUAUGAUGAGCAUACAAAAAGCAAAAGAAGAAGAUGAAAAAUUAAUAUGUGAACGCACUCGUUUAAUUAGUGCUACUGAAAUUGUUGAUGUGAAUAAUCAAAGUUCGAAGUCAUUCAAACACAGAUUUGCCUUAUUAAGACUCUUAUCAAUGAAUAGUCCUGAAUGGAUGAGUAUUCUUGUUGGAUGUACAGCAUGUGUACUUAUUGGUGGAGUUCAAGCCUUGUUCGCAUUUCUACUUGCUAAAAUAGUCGAUGCAUUCAAAUAUUGUUCGAAUUCUGAACGACAUCGACAAGUAUUGAUCGCCAGUAUUCCUUUUUUAGGUUUGGGUAUUGCUUUCUUAAUUAUCCGUUUCUUUCAAUAUACGGCUUUUGCUAUAGCAGGAUCGAAAUUGACGCAACGCAUUCGUUCGAAAGCUUUUGCAUGUCUACUUCGUCAAGAAGUUGCAUAUUUUGAUCAACCUGAAAAUAGUUCUGGUGCAAUUUGUACUCGUCUGCUUUCUGAUGGAUCAGCCAUCCAAGAUAUGACUGGUAUUCGGCUAGGAGCCAUCUGCGAAGCUAUUGCGCUAUCGGUUUUUGGAAUUAUAUUCGGAUGUUACAUAAACUGGCAACUAGCAUUGAUCAUUUUAUGUUCUUUUUUUAUCUUAAUCUCUAUCACAUAUGCAGAUAUGUCUUUACUGAUAACACUUAAUCAAAAAACUGUUCAAUUUAUCGAACGAGCAAACACGGUUAGUUAAGAUUUUCCGGUGUGAUCAUCUUUUUUUAGAAACCGUCUACGUAUCAAGAAAUUUUUACUAACACAAAUAGACGAUAUUCAUUUUGUUUUUUACUUCUACAGCUUGCGGUUGAAGUUAUUCAUAAUAUGCGCACAAUAAAACAGCUGUCAAUAGAAAAAGAACUUUUACGACAAUAUUCUGAGCUUAUCCAUCAAGUAUUUUUGUUAGUCGAUCGAACUUUAUGCAUGUAUAAAUUUCUGAUGGAUCCUAUUUUGUCAUAGAUCGUCUUGGAAACCUGCAAUAAUACAUUCAAUUCCAUAUGCUAUAUUCUGGGCACUAGAUGCAUAUACUAUGGGAUUUUUAUAUUGGUGUGCUCUCGUUCUUGUGGAAAAGAAGGAACUUGCCUUGGAUUACAUUAUAAUGUAAUUGAAACUGCAGUUUUUCAAUUUGGAAAUAGUGUUUUGUUAUCUUUUCAAUUUAUUAGGGUCUUUGGUUUAGCUGUAUUUUCGUUACAAGCACUAAAAGCCAUGGGAAUCAUGUAACAAUCUUAAUCUCUACAUUGUCUUUUCUUUCACUACUUUCAUUAUAGAUCCAGACGUCUCGCUGCAUCUGUCUCAGCGGCUGAAAGGUUUUUCGAUUUAUUUGAUCGAAAGCCAGCUAUUGACAAUGCAUCAACAGAAGGACAAGAAUUGGUAAGAAAACAUACCAAAUAAAUAUUGUCAAUUACAAUUAUGUACGUGCCGUGAGUUAUACUAUGAUUUGUGUAGGUUGAUUUUCGUGGUGAGAUUAAAUUUGAUCAAGUCAAAUUCAUCUAUCCAGCCCGACCAAUAUCUAUUGUUCUUAAUAACUUUCAACUGAAUAUCAAGCCAAGUAAGUGAGAUAAAUUUUGAUUUAACCAUUUUAUUCAGAAAAUUUUUAUUCAAUGAAAAGGUCAACGUGUAGCUCUUAUUGGUAUGUUUGAAUGAAAUAUUUCU